GUCAAAAUGGCGGACAAAGAAAAGACAGAAAAGGCGGCACAAAUAUCUUUGCCUCUGUCUAGGAUUAAGACGGAGCUGUUUGUGCAGGACCUGGCUGUAGAAACACUGAAGAGAAGCAGAGAGGAGAACAAAGUGGACUAUAAAGACCUGGCUGAAAUUGUGAACACAGAUGAUAAUUUAGAAUUUUUACAUGAUAUCAUUCCUAGAAAAAUUCUAGCCAAGGAGUAUUUAUCACAGAUCAAUGGCGGUGGCUCCAGUGACGACGACGACGAUGUUGUGGUCCUUGACUGAGAAGUCUUCUAACUAUACCUUUUCCAGAGUCAUAGAACUUACUAGUGACAUGUCCUGAUGUGGAUAUCAUGGAGCUCUUCUCAACUCAUCAGCUGGCAAAUUUCAUGUAGUAGCUCAUGGGCUUGGACUGAAGAUGCCCAUAGACGGAAUGCGGGAUCAUUAUUGAGAAUAUUCAUAGAACUCUCACCCCAAGCGUCAGUCAUGUCAUUGCACAGUGUCUGUUUCCUGUAACUGGGACUAAAGAUGCCCAGGUGUAGAACUUCAUUCCUUACACCAUUUGCCACAUUGCCAGGUUUGGCAGGAAGAGUUACAACUCAAAUAAUCUUAAAUUAAAAAUUUGUUUUAGUCGUGGAGUGAUUCUGCCAUAGCAGAAAUACACUUACUCUUAACCUACAUAAAAAACUUGAAGCAAAAAAGGCAUUGAAGUUAUUUAUGAAUUUCUAUAUUUAUGAGUUUUUAUACCCUUAAGUUCUACUGCAGUACCGAUGUGCUCAUAGUGCUGUGAUCCAUAGCUAUGAAUAGUGACAGUCCUCAGGCCCAAACUAACUGGCGCAGUACACGUAAUCCACAUCAUUUAUUCAUGUUGUUUUCCAGUCUGUUUGUGACAACAUAGAUUCUCAGACCGAGUGUGAUGUAAAAUAUCCAUGUGCAUGUCCAGAAAGGAAAGUCUGCAAAAAAUUGUUGCCAUCUUUGCUGUCUUUGUCAGAGUAUACGACAUGAUGUCAUGAUCUAUUGUGUCUAGUUUAAUAAUGAUGGAUGAUAAUAAAGAUAAUGAAUCAUAAUUGUUUAUUCAACAAAAAAGUUACAGUGGUUUUUAUUUUUACCACUCUUGAUGAUAACAAUAAUACAGGGGAAUUUCUACCUUUGUGACAAAAGUAUAACAUC